AUGUCCAAGGUUGUGCGCAGCGUUAAGAACGUCACAAAGGGCUAUUCAUCAGUGCAAGUAAAAGUUCGAAAUGCCACAAGUAACGAUCCUUGGGGCCCCACAGGCACUGAAAUGGCUGAAAUCGCUGCCUUGACGUUCGGCAGCCCAACGGAUUUCUUCGAGAUUAUGGAUAUGUUGGACAAGCGACUGAACGACAAGGGCAAGAACUGGCGUCAUGUUCUCAAGUCGUUAAAGGUCCUGGACUAUUGCCUUCAUGAAGGCUCGGAGAUGGUCGUAACGCGAGCGAGAAAGGAGGUCUACAUCAUCAAAACCCUGCGCGAAUUCCAACACAUAGACGAUGACGGAAGGGAUGUUGGUCAGAAUGUCCGUGUCGCCGCGAAAGAGCUUACAGCCCUCAUCUUGGACGAAGAUCGAUUGCGACGUGAGCGAGCAGACCGCAAGCUCUGGAAAUCCAGGGUCCAUGGCCUCGACGAGGAGUAUCCGGGUCACGGCUUCGAAUCAGAACCGCCAAGACGGCGCGAACGUUCGAGACGUCAGAAUGAUGAUGACGACGUGGAAUAUCGCUUAGCAAUUGAAGCAAGCAAACACGAGGCUGAAGAGGAGCGACGGCGACGGCGAAAGGAUACCUCUUCCCAGGAAGAGGAUGCAGAUCUAGCCAGGGCGAUCAAACUGAGCAAGGAGGAGGAAGAGCUUCGCAAGCGCGAACUGGAAGAGAGCAACGCGCAGUCUCUGUUCGAUGAUACUCCUGUUGAGCCGGCGCAGGCGCAGCCCACUGGUUACAAUCAGGGGUAUCAGCAGCAGGGUGCUGUCGACUGGUUUGGUAACCCAAUUACUCCUCAACAGCCCUUGUCGACUGGUUAUUUGAACAACCAGUAUGCGCAGGCACAACCUACCGGGUUUACAAACCAGUUGACUGGCGUGCCGAAUGGAUAUGCCAAUGGCUUCCAAAACCAGCCAACUGGGUUCGAUCAGUAUGGCCAACUUCAGAAUAACUUCCUACAGCCACAACAGACUGCCUUCAGCACGAACAACCCCUACGGAACAGAUGUUUACUCGCAGCAGCAACAGCAACUACAACAACAGCAGCAGCAGCAGCAACAACAGCAGCAGAGCUUCCUUGCGGCGGGUAGCAACAAUCCUUGGUCUUCAAACCACCAGCAGGCAGAUGCUCUUAAACCCCUUCCCACUGGAUCCAACAAUCCAUUCGCCAGCCGCACUCAGACUCAGAACAAAUUUCAUCCGACAACCACACUUGCCCCGUCUCUGGGCACGCUUGCUGAAGAACGAGCGACCACCCAGUUCUCAUCGAACAAUCCGAUUAGCAACUUCCAGGCUCCGGCACCUCCGAGGAGCACCCCUCCUCAGAUACAGCAGCAGCAGAAUCCCCAUCAUGCACGCCUCAACGCUCUUCUUGCGAGCGGAGAAGGGCUGGAUACGUUCGGAAAUGUUGGCGAUUUACGUAUUCCCGCGCAACACACGGCACCCGGCAUUUUCGUCAAUUCUGCUGGUCAGGGUAUUGAACGACUAAGGGCUGCCCAGACAGGCAACAAUCCUUUCCUUAGCGCACACUCUACCGGAAUCCCAAGUCAGACUGGCUUCGGACAGCCAAAUAACAAUCCUUGGGCUACUCAGCAACCGUACCAACAGCAGCACCAAGCCGGCAGUCUGAUUGACCUGUAA